AUGAGGAUAUUCACCUACGGCUAUAACGCAGAAGUAAUGAGGGCUGGCGGUCGAAGCUCGACCUCAAUCCUCGAUUUUGCUAAGAAUCUGCUCUACGACAUGAGGUUUUUCAUUGACGAUGCAGCAUUCCCCAUCGUGUUUGUGGCACACUCCAUGGGAGGCCUAGUCGUGAAAGAAGCAUACAUACAAGGCGGCACUGAUCCUCAAUACCAAGACCUCAUCCGCAAUGUCACAGCGAUCUUAUUCUUGGCAACCCCACAUCGCGGUUCCAACUUUGCUGAGAUCUUAAAUCGAAUCCUCAGUGUCUCAUUGAUAUCUGCUCCGAAAGAGUAUGUGAAUGACUUAACCAAAAAUUCGGCAACGCUACAGAGAAUCAACGAGACUUUUCGGCAUGUUGUGAAGGGUCUGGAUAUUGUUUCCCUGUAUGAAACUCGGCCUACUCGUAUAGGAUUUGAUGGAAACCGCAUUAUGGUCGUGGAGAAGGACUCCUCAAUCUUAGGAUAUCCCGGCGAAGUUUCCAAAGGACUUGAUGCGGAUCACCACACCGUCUGCAAGUACGAUAAUCGCGAGGAUCCAAAUUACGUGACCGUUCGCAACUUCAUCAGAACUCAGAUCAGCAAGUUGUUGCCAAGCCGGGAAGGGGGGUCAAGAGCCUCCGCGAUGUCGGCAUCUCCGGCAGAUAUCCGGGAGCUCGAAAAGCUAUUCUCCAUCGCUGAAGCUACGGACACCGACUACAUCGCGUGUCGUGACCGUUGGACUCCAGGAACAUGCGAAUGGAUCCUAUCCAAUUCAAGCUUUUCUAUCAUGACAUCCUUCAUGGUCAACCAUCUUGUGGAGAAGGGCAAGUCGUGCCAAUAUACAUUCGUUCGCUUCGGUGACCAGGCCAAAAGGUCUUUGAGCAUGAUGUUCCGUACGCUUGCCUUUCAGGUGGCCCUUGUGUCUCCCGUCUUUCGCCAGGAGAUCAGCAACGCGGCUUCAUCUUUGAAGCGUGGCGUGGAGGCCGCAGCUAUCUGGCGACGGGUCUUCAAAAAUAUAUUGUUUCAGUCCGAAUUUGAAAGUCCGCUGUACUGGGUCAUCGAUGGCCUGGAGGAGUCUGACAAUCCACGAGCUGGCAUCAAGAUGCUGACCGACGUCCUUGGCACAUCAGUGCCCCUCAGGAUCUUGAUUCUCAGCCGCCGGACUCCAGAAAUUGAUGCCGAAUUCAAGAAGAUACCCGAGGAGGCCAAAUGGGAUGCUGUUUCCAUUGACGGUCAUCUAGAUGACCACCGAAAAUUCAUCGAGAACGAAUUGGAAUGGUCUGAGAUACCGGCGUUCAAGGAAAGCAUCACAAAGCGACUGCUUGAUCAGUCCCAGGGAAGCUUUCUAUGGUUACGCCUAACGGUGGAACGAAUCAAUAAAUGCAGGACUACUGAGUCAGCCGAGCAAGCCAUGCGUGAGCUGCCAGCCGGUAUGGAGGAGCUCUAUGAUCGAAUGGGCGAGUCCAUAUCCGAUCAGGAACUGGCAGACAGAUCCUUGACCUGCCAAAUACUGGCAUGGGUCACAUGCGCCAUCCGCACACUAAGCGUCAGCGAGCUAAUUGAUGCCUUGGGGUCUCAGUCCCAGGCCAGAUCUAUUGCCGACCCUUGCGCUGGUUUCAUCUCUGUCGACAACUUUGGGAAUGUUACUCUUAUUCACCAAACAGCCAAGGAGUACCUCCUAAGCUCCAAGGGUCGGCCAUAUUCAAUCGAGAAAAACGCGGCACAUGAUCGCAUUUGCUUGCGAUGUUUGCAAUGCCUUACGAAAAAUGGCCUCCGCCGAGAUAUCACCAAAGACUUAGAGCCCUCCUUGUUGGCGUAUGCAGCAAUGCACUGGAGCACCCAUAUGAUCGCCGUCACCGAGAUCUCCAAGGAACUAUUGGAAUCCGUGGUCCAGUUCCUUCGCAGCACUUCUGUUUUAACCUGGAUCCACGCCGUCGCUAAAGCUCAGCAAAUACAUGUUCUGGUUCACGCUUCUUCCAACCUGGCGUUACUGGCAAAAAAACUUUCCAGAUCCAACGCGGAAAAGAUGCCCCUUGAUCGUCAAACAGAUGAAAAAGAGCUCAUUGAAGCGUGGACGAUUGACCUGGGAAAGAUUGUGGGCAGAUUCGGCAGCCAACUUAUCCACAUGCCAGACAGCAUCUACAGGACAAUCACUCCGUUUUGCCCUCCAGACUCCGCGAUGUUCAAACAAUUCGGACGCAAGCAGAGGAACAAUUUGACGGUUGGCCAUUUUUCCAAUGCUACGUGGGGUGAUUCAUUAGGCCAGCUGACUCUGAGACGAGAUGAGAAGGCCACGGCGCUUGUCACAGAAGGCAAAUGGAUCGCAAUCUCGGCAGACGCUGAAAGUAUGGUCAGCACAGUCGUGAUCUAUCACGCUUCCACCUUACAACAGGCACGCCGACUCGAGAUUGGCGAGCGAGUUCGGAAAUUGCAGAUCAACUCGCUGGGAACACUUGUCGUCACCUGUGGCAUACGCACGACAAAGGUCUGGAAUAUUGCUACUGGUAUAUGUGUCACCACUGCAGCGAGUCCACGUUCCCGGCCACGCCCGAUGACCAUAACAUUCUCCAAGAAUGACGCAAGUGUUCUGAUAGGUACUGACGAUCGUCGAGUCUGGACCAUGUCACUGUCGUCCAGUGAAUCCAAGAUUGUGGAAGUCACUCGGUUUAUGCAGAAGAGCUCCGGAGGGAGGUCGGUGAACUCUCCGACGUGUAUGGCCAUUAGCCCUGAUGGGCAACAGGUUUGCCUCGGAUACCGGUCAAGCCCACUCGCCGUCUGGGAGACAGAUCUUGCCGAGGAAGUCGCUCGUCAGGAUGAACUCGAGGACGUCGCCGAAAUACUGUGGCAUCCAUUCAGCGGAGAAGUCUUUGGUCGACAGGCCAGUGGUUUUAUAUUCAAGUGGCAUCCAGAGAUGGGUGAUGCCGAACGACAACGAGCUGAGGUUUCCACCAUGGCAGUCAGCUCUGACGUAUGA